AUGGGAGUUGCAGUCCCCAUGGGAGUUGCAGUCCCCAGCUGUCUCCUGCGGAGUCGCUUGAUUUCGCAGCUGUCUCCUGCGGAUCCUCUUGGUAACGCAUUUUUCCUUGCGGAGAACUUAUUUGACGCAGAGGUCUCCUGCGGAGAACUUGGUAAUGCAGCGGUCUCCUGCAGAGAACUUGUUGACGCAGCGGUCUCCUGCGGGUCUCAAUUGUCAUCACAGCGUCCCCCUGCGAAGCACUAUUCUUAUGUCACUGGGCUUGGAUCAGCAACAGCCGUCGUCACGGAAGCCUCAGGCCCGAAGGUCAGAGGCGACACACCGCAGCCGCGAUGUGUGAAGAAAGACAAAUGGAUCGGGGGAGGAGCCUGCUUUUAUGGACUUCAGCUACGCUUUCUCGCAAAUACCAGCAGUGCAGGUUUCUCACCGAGGACGGUUCUGGCGGUCGAUGCAAUGUCUUCACCGGUCUUGAUCCAUGAGCUGGACGAUGCUGGCGUAUGGAUCGCCAAUCAUGUCGCGGCAGACAGCACCACGACCGUUCAUUCCAUCUGGUGCUGGUCGAAUCACAAAAUUGGCGCAGUUGCAAUCGGAGGGCAAAGAGCUGGCUCGCCCAUGGUUCACAGUAGUGGUACGGUGACCUCAGAGACGUGA